GCCGGGGGUGGGGCGGGGGCACCGGGGGAAGGCGAGGAGCCGGGAGAAGGGGACGUCCAGGAUGGGAGGAGCAGCGAUCACCGCAGAGAUGGGAAGGGAGUGGCUCGUCCCAGUCUCAACUCAAGGUUAAGGGGUGGGUGGGACCCAGGCUUGGGGUACAGGGGCCUGGGGGCUUCAGAAGCAAGAGGGGGAACGGGGGGAGGAGAACAGGGCUCCGGGAGCCCGGCGCUGGCCAACCUCCCAACUGCGCUGCGGCAGGAGGAGCUGGGAGGGGGAGGGAAGGGUCCCAGGUGGGGGAGGGAGGAGGAAAAGGGGGAGGAGGAGGGUCCGGGAGAGGGAGUGAGCCACGCCUGCCUCCCGGCUGGGGUCUCCCCGGAGAAUGGGGGCGGGGGCGGGGCCAGGCAGCAUCCCGGGAGAGGGAGGAGGGAGAGGGAGGAGGGCGAGCGCGAGCGCUGCAGGAACAGAAAGGGAGAGAGAGGGACCGGGGCCAGGGAGUCGGAGCCGCCCCGCGGGAGAGCAGCUGCAGCCCGGAGAGAGAGCGGGCGGGCGGGCGGAGCACCAGCCUCCCAGAGGGCCAGGCGGCAGGGGCACCAUGCCCGGCCUGUACUGUCCGGCCACCUGGACUCCUCUGCCCCUCAAGGACUCCUGGGUCCGGGCCUGUGCCAACGGCCCCUGCCUGGGCCUCCAUGCCCGCCUCACCUACCACAACCCAGCACCAGAAGCCGUGGAAGGGGUGUUUGUGUAUCCGCUGGCCGAGGCCGAGGCCGAAGUGGUGUCCGGCUUCGAGGCCGAGGCCGCCGGGAGGCGGGUCUCCCUCCAGCUGCAGAGUCGCCGCCGGAGCCCCAGCGAGCCCUGCUGCAGGGAGCUGCGUCCGGAGGCCGGCCUGCCCCGCCGCUGUGCCCAGGGUCACCUGGUUCUCGACCCAGCCCAGGCUCGCUCCACGCUGGUGCUGCCCACGGGCCUCAUCGCCUCCGAGGGGACGGUCACCGUGUGGCUGAGGAGCAGCCGCGAGCUCCCCACGAGGCCGGACGGGGCCAUCCGGGUGGCCCUGCCCUCCAUCCUCACCCCCCUGGCCCAGUCCAGCCCAGCCAGACCCUCUGGCCUCUGUGACGACAGGUUGGGCCUAUGCCCCACCAGCUGCUUCGGGGUGGGCACCCCUGAGGAGGAGCCCCCCCUGCAAGACUCGGCAGCCCCCAGGGACAUGUUCUGCGGCCCUGCCCGGUGCCCGGGGCCCUACACCUUCUCCUUCGAGAUGCUGGUGACCGGACCGUGCCUCCUGGCGGGCCUGGAGAGUCCCUCCCAUGCCCUCCGAGCAGACGCCCCGCCUCAUGCCAGUUCUGCCGCCACCAUCUGCAUCACCCUGGCUGAGGGGCACCCCUGUGACCGGGCCCUGGAAAUCCUGCUGCACCCCAGCGAGCCCCACAGGCCCCACCUGAUGCUGGAGGCGGGCGGUCUGAGCGCGGCCCAGUACGAGGCCCGAGUGAGGAGCCGCAGGGACUUCCAGCGUCUCCUCCGAAAAGACAGUGAUGGGGACCGCCAGGUGUGGUUCCUGCAGCGCCGAUUCCACAAGGACAUCCUCCUGAACCCGGUGCUGGUGCUGAGCUUCUGCCCGGAUCUCAGCACGGGGUCCCCGGACCCGGCCUCCGCCACCAGGGAGUGUCUCUUCUUGGUGGACAGCCAUGGGGCCGCUUACAAGGACGCCCUGCUCCUGGCGCUGAAGUCUCUGCCCCCCCAGACGCUCCUCAACGUGGCUACGUUUGGCUCGUCCGUGCUCCCGCUCUUCCCUGGCAGCCAGCCCUGCAACGAUCACACCCUGCAGCUGGCCUGUGAGGGCGUCGAGGCCCUGAAGGCGGGCCGGGAAAGGCCGGACGUGCUGGCGGGGCUCCGCUGGGCCCUGGAGCAGCCGGCCCACCGAGGGCACCCCCGGCAGCUCUUUGUGCUCACCGCCGCCGCUCCCCCCGCCCCGGCCGCCCAGCAGGCCCUGGAGCUCAUGAGGCGCCACGGGGGCACGGCCAGGUGCUUCUCCUUCGGGCUGGACCCCGCCUGCCGCCAGCUGCUCCGGGGGCUGUCCGCCCUCAGUCGGGGUCACGCGUACUUUCUGGCCCCCGGGGAGAGGUUGCAGCCCAUGCUCGUGCGCGCACUUCGGACCGCCCUGGAGCCAGCCCUGAGCGACAUUUCUGUGGACUGGUUCAUGCCCGAUUCCGUGGAGGCCAUGCUGACUCCCCGGGAGAUCCCCCCGCUCUACCCAGGAGACCGACUGAUCGGCUACUGCUCCCUCUUCCGAGUGGAAGGCUUCCGGCCCCGCCCCCCCGCGGGUCAAGAGCCCGGGUGGAGGAGCUUAGGGGGCUCUGUGUUCCCAUCUCCAGAGGAGCCGUCAGCCACCAGCCACGGCACCGAGCCCACGGGAGCCACAGACCCAACGGGCACGGCGUCCGCCGGGCACUCCAGCCUCUGUGGUCCUGGCGACUCCGAGAGGAGCGAGUGCGGGUGGGAAGGCCCCCAGGAGCCAGGGAAGGACAAGCUGGGGGCCUCCUCUGCCAUACUCCCAGCGGGUGCUGAGCCCCCCACAGAUCCCGCCACUGACCCCGGGCCAGACCCCCCCUCGGACGCCGCCAUCUGGAGACGGAUAUUUCAUUCCUCCUACAUCCGGGAGCAGUACGUCCUGACGCGCUGUUCCACCAGCCCAGAGCCAGGCCCCGCUUCCCCGGGCAGCAGCGAGUCCCCAGGGUCCUGGGGUCCCGGCUCCCCUGACAACAGCGCCCCCCCAGUCCUCCCCUCUCAGCAGGGCCACCGGAGCCUGGCCUGGGGAGACCCCGCCCCUGCCGCCACCAGUCAUUCCUGCCCGCUGCCGCUGUCCGGCCCGUUCCCGGCGCCACCCCUCGCCCUGGAGAGGCCGGGCCAGCCUCCCAAAACAGCUUUCACCGGGCGCAGCCUCUCAACGCCCCAGGGGGGGAAAGACCCUGUCCUCCAGCCGCGGAGGAAUCGGUCCUUGGGCGGACCGAGCCCGGAGCAGAGGCAGCAGCUCCGCAGAAGCCUCGAUGACUCGGGAAACCUGCUCUCGCCGACCCCCCUGGACUGGGACAUGUUGGUGGAGCCCCCCUUCAUGUUUGCCCCGUCCCCAUCUGCAGAAGAGUCUGCCCCCUCCCCCACAGGCCCACCUCCUCCCCCCCCACCCCAGCCCCCACGGUGUCACGUGGCGGUGAGGGCCCUGCAGGACGGGCGGCCCGUGUGCUGGGAGGUGGGUGCUGGCUUGGAGCCCUUCCUGGGGCCCUCGGAAGAUCCCCCGCCACCCUCUCCCCAGGGGGGAGAAGCUUGGGACCAAACUCUGCACCGGCUGACGGCGGCCUCGGUGGUCCGGGACAACGAGCAGCUGGCCCUGCAGGGGACACAACCUGGCCCCAUCCGCCGCUUCCGGCUCAGAGCCCUGCAGACCAGCAAAGCCACGGCGGCCGCUUCCCUGUUCACCUGCCCCGUGGCUGUGGACGCGGUCACGCGCGAGGCCCUCCCGGGGGCCCUCCGAGUUCACAGCUCAGAGCCAGCGCCGGCCCCCCGGGCAGAGUGCGCCGAGGACUCCGGGCAGCCUGAGGGUUUCGCGGACAGCGCGUCAGCCAGCUCCCGGGACUCGGAGAACAGCGCCGGCUCAAGGCUCAGCUGGAGGCGGUUUGGUUCUGGCCGAAGACUCUACACCCCGGAGCCUGACGGGAGGUCGGUCGGGGAGGGCGCCAAGGACCGCUGGGACCACGACUACCUCCCGCUGGUGCGGCUGCAGGAGGCCGCGGGCUCCUUCCGCUUGGACGGCCCCUUCUGCGCGGCGGUGCAGAUCCCCCACGAGAGGCUGUGCAGGGCCUCGCCCUUCCCGGCGCACCGGGCCACCCUCAGCCCAGCCUCCGCCUCUUCCCCGUGGGCUCUCCUCGGCCCGGGCGCCAGCGCCGGGGGAACGGCUUCGGGCAGCCAGUCCCCCAGCAGCGGCUCGGAGGGCCCGGGCCAGGUGGACAGCGGGCACGGCUCCGACACAGAAGCCUCGGAGGGGGCCGAGGGCCCCGGGGUCCCUGACCUGCGGGGCCGCAGCUGGGCCACGGCGGUGGCCCUGGCCUGGCUGGAGCACCGCUGCACCGGCACCUUCGGGGAGUGGGAGCUGGUGGCGGCCAAGGCCGACGGCUGGCUCAGGGCCCAGCGCCUGCCCGACGGCCUGGACCUGGCCGCCCUCAAGGCCGCAGCCCGAGGCCUCUUCCUGCUCCUGCGCCACUGGGAUCAGAACCUCCAGCUGCGCCUGCUGUGCUACAGCCCCGCCAACGUCUGAGGGCCCGGCCCCGGGGCUGGGCGGGUGCCCUCCGAGGGUCGCCCUCCUCCCCCGCCUCUCCCAUCUUCUCCUCCACCACAGAAAGUGCCUGCUCUUCUUCCGUCUCCCCUUCCCCUUCCCUCUAAGCCAGAGCCGCCUCUUAGAGCCUGGGGGGCUGAUCUAGGAGGGCCCGCCCCCUAUGGCGGCUGCAAUAAAGUGCCUCUGAGGACCA